UUAGACGCUAAACCCAAGCCACAUAAAUAUUUAUUGCAGUAUAUUUGUUGGAGGAGAGGCAACGCCAAAAAGAAAAAGCAAUCAAACAACGAAAUGGGGCGCUGGAUCAAGCCAGAGGUUUACCCUCUCAUGGCCGCAAUGAGCUUCGUUACGGGGAUGUGCAUCUUCCAGCUCACAAGGAACGUCCUCCUCAACCCUGAUGUUAGAGUGGACAAAGCUCACCGGAAAACAGCGGUUCUGGAAAACCAAGAGGAAGGAGAGAGAUACGCCCAACACAGCCUCCGCAGGUUUCUUCGGACUCGCCCACCUGAGAUCAUGCCUUCCAUCAAUCGCUUCUUCGCCGGAAAUGAAAAUAUGAAGGGGGAUCAGUAACCAUGGAGUUCCACAAACAAAUCACUCAAAUUGUUAUGCGUACGUACGGGCCUUUGCGUCAUUCUUCUGUGCCAUGUAAUCUUUUUUUUUAGGUUAAUUAAUUAGGUUUUGCCAGUAUAAGCAUGUUUUGUUUUGUUAUUUUCCUCUCUUUCUAUCUGUAUACAGAGCAGCAACAGCAACAUUUAGUAUAA